AUGAAGACAUCCUUUGCUCUCCAUUGUCUAUCAGUUGCUAUAAUUGAAUCCCUGGCAGGAAUUCUGGGAGAUGGAAUUAUCUUGGCUGCGUGUUCAUUGAGCUGCAUUGGGAGCAAAACAUGGCCCCCAUAUGAUAUGAUCAUGAUCUCACUGAGUUCAUCUAGAUUCAUUUUGCAGUCAUGGAAUAUACUGGAAUACUUAAUGAGUAUAUUUUAUGAAAACUUCUUUUGUCAAGAAAACGUGAACGUAGCUUCCAAGACAAUUUUUACAUUUCUGAACUACUCCAGCCUCUGGUUUGGAGCCUGGCUUAGUGUCUUCUAUUGCAUCAAGGUUGCCAGUUUUGCACAGUCUUUCUUCAUCUGGCUGAAGCUGAGAAUUGCCAGGCUGGUGCCCUGGAUGCUGCUCACAUCAUGGUUCUGCUCCGUCACAACUGCAGUUCCCUUCGCCUGGGAUCUCUACAGCGUGCACAAGAACAUCACUGCUCCUUCAUCCGUGACAAACUCUUCAGCAUGGACAACCACAAGGAUAGACAGCUCUGGUUUAUUAUUUUUUCUUUAUAAUGUUGGUGUAGCUAUGCCUUUAAUACUGUCUGUUGUUUCAAGUAUCCUGCUGGUUUGGUCUCUGUGGAUACACACCAGACAGAUGCAAAAUAAUGCAAGUGGCUUCAGGGAUCCCAGCUUAGAGGCCCAUACAAAAGCCAUCAAGUCAGUCUGCUCCUUACUUAUCUUUUAUGUUACAUAUUACAUAGCUUUCUCUUUUCUUUUAUACAAUUUGUUUUUAUAUUUUAGCACCCCAAAAUCCAUAUGUAUAGCUGUAAUGGCUGCCUGUCCUACAGGACACUCCAUAGUCUUAAUCUGGAGCAAUCCAAAGUUUCGAGAGCUGCCAGCUAGGAUUUGGCACCACAUCAGCUGUUCUGUCAGAACUACAUCCAUCUAA